CUCUAUAAAUAUUAGUUGGCUUAAAUGACUGAGAUGUUUGACAUAGAAAAAAAGCUACCUAAAAUUUUAAGGGUAGGCACGUGAGGUCCUAGGUGUGAUAUGUAGCACCAACCAAAAAUUAAAACAUUUAAAGAAUUUUUAUUAAAGUAACUAAGCUUUUUACCAAUACUUAAAAUUUAAAAGUAUUCUUCUAGUUGAAGUAGCAGAUUGAUUCCUAGGAGAGAAAAAGGAAAAUAAAUACCAUUGUAAUGACAGUCACUGUCUCUUUUGUGUAAUUCUUGGGAGUAUCAUUUCUUCCUGUCUUGAAAUUUCAACUGCUUUGCUUCUCCGUUUUAGAUAAUAUUCAUAAUACAGUACUUACUAAAUCUAUUAUCCUUAAGUAAAACAACCGAACACCAAAACUUCACGUGGGAGGAUUUCCUUGUAGGUUUUGAGUAUACUAAUCCUUUUACUCACAUAAGUAAAGUAAGGAGAAAAGCUUUCCUGGUUGGUUUCCAUCUUCUAUUCCUCAUUACCUCUCUGCAUCAUUAUUAAGGGUUUGUCCUUCUAAUUCUGAAGUUGGAGUUGUUGUUCAUUAUGUGAUUUAUCUUGUUCUGCUCUAGGUGCUGUAGAAAUGAACUAAAUUCUGUUGAAAUGUUUUCCACAUGCUAUCUGGCCUUAAUGUCUUUAUUAACAGUAACCGCAGAAUAAUUUGUAUAUGUAUAGUGAUUUAAUGUUUCCUUUUAAAUCUUCUUAAUAAAAUAGAACUAUCUUUGAUACUUUAUUUUUUAAACUCUAAAAGCUCAGUGAACUGUGUGGGGUGAUCCGCGUGAGUGUGUGUGUGUGCAGCUACAAACACAUGCAUACACAUAUAGAGCCACAUGUCAUACUCUGUUGCUCUUUACCUCAUUUUUUGAGUUAAGAUCUCAUUGAACUUUAGAGCUCAUUGACUUUGCUAGGCUGACUGGACAGCAAGUCUCCUAGAUAUUGCUGUCUCUUCCUUUUCAGCACUAAGGCCAUCACGUCUGUCUCAUUUGGGUGCAGUGGUCUAAACUCAGGUUCUUAUGCAUGCAUAACAAACACUUUACUUACCGGGCCAGAUCCCCAGUGAGUUUUUAUAAAUAAAACUUAGAUGAAAAUUGAAGGCCUGUUCGUUUAUCUUCUGGCUUACAAAUCAGACUCUGUAAUGGGUGAAAUUCUUUUCUUCUUGAUUGUGUUUUUGAGACAUGAUCUCCUUAUGGAGCCCUAUACCAGCCUUAUACUUCUGCCUUAGUCUCCUCAAUACUGGGAUUACAGGUCUGUUCCACUGUGCUCAACAAUAUGUGACUUUCUUGAAUCUAAAAUCUUAUUUUCUACUAAGCUUUGAAUUCAAGCUAAAAAUAGAAUCAAUGUAAUUGGUUAUAUUAUAAUAGUUUUGGAUAUUUCCUUUUAGGCUUGUUUCCUAAUGUUACACUCGUUGAUAGUACUAAUGUCAUAUUACUCUGUAAUCCAUUUUGUUGGGAUCAUUAACAUUUACUCUGUUUUCUUACGGAUAAGGCAUCUAGUCUCGUAUGACAAAGAUGACAAAAAGUAGACCAAGAGCAUUGCAUAGUGUCUAGACUGUUGGAAAGCACUCAGAACAUAUUAGCCAUUAUGAUCCAUUAGUACAGAUAUGCUGUGUUGACAUUUUUCAGCAUUUUUGAACUUCAUCUGCUAAUAUUUUACUUUUUAAAAAUACAUUUUGUUUGUGUGUAUACUUGUGCUACAAGGAACCCUUUUGUGGUCCUUUGAAAUAAGUAACAUUUUAUGUUUAUUAAAUACUUUAUACCAUAUAGUAUAUUUGUAUGAUAGAAAUGCUGAAAUUACUGUCAUCCUAUAAAGACAAGCAUUUUUUAAAACUUGAAAAUCAUAGAGAAAUUGUUUUCAGAAUGUUUGGUCAUGAAUAAAGAGUUAUUCCAUUAAAAUUGAAGAUAUACUUGAUAAUUUGUUUUCUUUUGCUCAUUUAAGUUUUUAUCAAUUUGUUGUCAUUAAAAUUUAGCUUCAUAGAUUUCCAAAGUCUUUAAUGUACAGAUAUUAAUUCUGAGUCUUAUAUUUAGAAAGCCUUUCUUUACAUUGUGGAGAUUAAAAUGAAACUUAAGUUACAGAUUACUCAAAGUUUAUUUUUUUGUGCUUUAGUUUAGGAAACAUUUUGGUGGUUAUUAUUCCUAAUCUUAACGAUAAGAUUAAUUUAAAAGUUAAUUUAAUAAACAUUAAAUUACUUAAAGCAACUUCCUGCUAAAGUACCCAGUGCUGCUAACCUGAGUUCUUACUUUGUGUCAGAAGGGGUUAGUGCUCAAGCUGUCCUGGGUACCUUCUGAGUUAAAUACUUCUGUUCUUCAUUUUCUCCACAACUGUUUUCUCACAGAAAUUGUUUCCCUGGAUUUGGAAUCUGCAGCUAUAUUUCUUGUGUUCAUUGGGCUGACAGACAGGCUUUGCUUUGAUAAAUUUGUGGUUCUGGGGCUCUCCAGUGCUGAUAUUAAGGGAGAAACUGCUUUUCUACACUAGAAUCGAUAUUAUACCAAAUGUUACAUUCAUCUUAAAGAUCUUUUAAAAAUUAUGGUUAAUUUUGAUCUUGGAACUUGGGUAAUUUAUUACAGGUUUACUUGAAUGCUUGCUCGUUUUACUGAGUACUUUACAAAUACAGAAAAACUCUAAACAUUGUAGAGCCAAACAGUAUUUCUGCUUUGGUACUUAACUGCUGAUUUUUGCCAUGGUCAAUGCUCUUCUGUGGCAGCUGUACUUGUAUGCUUGUGCAUGUGCGUAAGCGUGUGUGAUUUUUUUUUCCCCCUACUGUAAAUAAACUUGGUACAACUAAUACCUGUAUUAUGAAAGAAAUUGGGGUAACUUUGCUGAAGUUCAUCUAAAAUCAUCAGCCUUGAAAAUUUGGCCCAGCUAUAGAAACUUGAUAAUGAAAGAUGUCAUUUUAUCAGCAAACAAUUCUAGAUUUAGACUUGCAACAAAUGUUUUUACUUUAUAAUUUUUUCAAAGUUAGUUUCAAAUAAUCAGGAAUAUUUUUAAGUAGACUUAUAAUACCCAGAAAUAUUAAAAUACCGUUAACUAUAAAACUCAGUAAUGCUUAGUAAUGGCAUAGAUUAGCCUACCACAAUUGUUAAUCACAGUUUAAUAGAAAAGAGGAGCAUGAGUAAAAUGAAAGACAAAGUCUUUUUUUUUUUUUGUUCUUUUUUUCGGAGCUGGGGACCGAACCCAGGGCCUUGCGCUUCCUAGGUAAGCGCUCUACCACUGAGCUAAAUCCCCAGCCAAGACAAAGUCUUUAUAAGCUGUUUGAGUCACUUUUUUGUGUUGCUGUGAAGAGACGUUGUAACCAGGGCAACUCUUGUAACAAGAAAAAGCAUUUAAUUGGGGACUGGCUUACUGUUUCACAAGUUUAGUUUAUUAUUAUUAUAUGGCAGUUAACAUGGCGCGCGUUUGUGUGUGUGUGUGUGUGUGUGUGUGUGUGUGUGUGUGUGUAGGCAGUCAUGUUGCUGGAGAAGCAGUUGAAACAUGUCCUGAUCUACAGAGACAGAUAGACAGACAGAGACAGAGACUGACUGCCUGGUAUGGGCUUUUAAUGCAUCAAAGCCAACCACUAGUGACAUAUAUCCUCCAAGGCCACACCUACCAAUCCCUUUAAUCCUUUCAAAGAAUUUUGUUAUCUAAUGACUAAGCAUUCAAAUGAACCUAUGGGGAUGGGGCACAACAUUCUAUUCCCUUGUGCCCAUACAUUUAUAGUUAUGUCAUAAUGCAAAGUCCAGCUUCAAAAUCCUCAUAGUCUUUCACAGUCUCAACAUUUUUUAAAGUCUAGAGUCUCUCCUGAGACUCGGGCAAUCUCAUAAUUAUAACCCCAUAUAAAAUCAAAUUCUAAAUGGCAUAGAAUAUACAUUACCAUUCCAAAAGAGAGGAAGAGGAGUGUGGUGAAGAAAUACUGGACCAAACAAGGCUAAAAGCCAACAGGGCAAACUCCAAAUUGUCCAUCUUCAUAUUUGAGAUAUGAAGAUAUUUCAUAUUUGAUAUUUUAGGUUUCUAACUCCUUUCAGCUUUGUUAACUUAAACAUACUUCUCUCUCGGGCUGGUUCUGCACCUGGUCUACAGCUUUCUUCAGCAGAUAUCCUACAACUCUGGCAUCUCCACAUCUUGAGCGGAUACUCUGUUUUCAAGGAAGCUGAAUGGGAAAUACAGACUUGAGCGACUUGUUCCAACUGCAGUCUAUCAGCAUAUGAAGAUGCAUAAGCGAAUUCUUGGACACUUAUCAUCGGUGUACUGUGUAACUUUUGAUCGAACUGGCAGGCGGAUAUUUACUGGUUCUGAUGAUUGUCUUGUGAAAAUCUGGGCCACAGAUGAUGGAAGAUUGCUAGCUACUUUAAGAGGACAUGCUGCUGAAAUAUCAGACAUGGCUGUAAACUAUGAGAAUACUAUGAUAGCAGCUGGAAGUUGUGACAAGAUGAUCCGUGUCUGGUGUCUUCGAACCUGUGCACCUUUAGCUGUUCUUCAGGGGCAUAGUGCAUCCAUUACAUCACUACAGUUCUCACCAUUGUGCAGUGGCUCAAAGAGAUACCUGUCUUCUACUGGGGCGGACGGCACUAUUUGCUUUUGGCUUUGGGAUGCUGGAACCCUUAAAAUAAAUCCAAGGCCCACAAAAUUUACAGAGCGCCCUCGGCCUGGAGUUCAAAUGAUCUGUUCUUCAUUCAGUGCAGGUGGAAUGUUUUUGGCCACAGGAAGCACUGACCAUAUUAUUAGAGUUUAUUUCUUUGGAUCAGGUCAACCAGAGAAAAUAUCAGAAUUGGAGUUUCAUACUGACAAGGUUGACAGUAUCCAGUUCUCCAACACUAGUAACAGGUUUGUGAGUGGUAGUCGUGAUGGGACAGCACGAAUUUGGCAAUUUAAACGAAGGGAAUGGAAAAGCAUUUUGUUAGAUAUGGCUACUCGUCCAGCAGGCCAAAAUCUUCAAGGCAUAGAAGACAAAAUCACAAAAAUGAAAGUAACGAUGGUAGCUUGGGAUCGACAUGACAGCACAGUUAUAACUGCAGUUAAUAACAUGACUCUGAAAGUUUGGAAUUCUUACACUGGUCAACUGAUUCAUGUUCUGACGGGUCAUGAAGAUGAGGUGUUUGUUCUUGAGCCACACCCAUUUGAUCCCAGAGUUCUCUUCUCUGCUGGUCACGAUGGAAAUGUGAUAGUGUGGGAUCUAGCACGAGGAGUCAAAGUGCGAUCAUAUUUCAAUAUGAUUGAAGGCCAAGGACACGGCGCAGUGUUUGACUGCAAGUGCUCCCCCGACGGCCAGCACUUCGCAUGCACAGACUCUCACGGACAUCUCGUAAUUUUUGGUUUUGGGUCCAGUAGCAAGUAUGACAAGAUAGCAGAUCAGAUGUUUUUUCACAGUGAUUAUCGGCCCCUUAUCCGUGAUGCCAAUAACUUUGUGUUAGAUGAGCAGACUCAGCAGGCGCCUCACCUCAUGCCUCCCCCUUUCCUGGUUGAUGUUGAUGGAAAUCCUCACCCGUCCAGGUACCAGCGGUUAGUCCCUGGUCGUGAGAACUGCAGGGAGGAGCAGCUCAUCCCUCAAAUGGGAGUAACUUCUUCAGGAUUGAACCAGGUUUUGAGCCAGCAGGCAAUCCAGGAUAUCAGCCCACUGGACAGCAUGAUUCAGAGGCUGCAGCAGGAGCAGGACCUGAGGCGCUCUGGGGAGGCAGCUGUCAGCAGUGCCGGCCGCCUGAACAGAGGCUCUGUAAGUUCUACCUCUGAAGUUCAUUCACCACCAAAUGUAGGAUUAAGGCGCAGUGGGCAAAUCGAAGGUGUGCGGCAGAUGCACAGCAAUGCUCCACGGAGCGAGAUAGCCACGGAGCGAGAUCUUGUUGCUUGGAGUCGAAGGGUAGUCGUGCCUGAGCUCUCGGCUGGUGUAGCUAGUAGACAAGAAGAAUGGAGAACUGCAAAGGGAGAAGAGGAAAUAAAGAGUUAUAGAUCAGAAGAGAAAAGGAAACACUUAACUGUUGCGAAAGAAAAUAAAAUACUUACUGUCUCAAAGAAUCAUGCUCAUGAACAUUUCCUGGAUCUUGGGGAUUCCAAAAAGCAACAAGCAAAUCAACACAAUUACCGUACAAGAUCUGCACUGGAAGAAACACCCAGGCCCUUAGAGGAGAUAGAAAAUGGGACUAGUUCUUCAGAUGAAGGUGAAGUGCUUGCUGUCAGUGGGGGGACUUCUGAAGAAGAGGAGCGAGCAUGGCACAGUGACGGCAGUUCCAGUGACUACUCCAGUGAUUAUUCUGAUUGGACAGCAGAUGCUGGAAUUAAUUUGCAGCCACCAAAGAAAGUUCCUAAGCAUAAAACCAAGAAACAAGACAGUAGUUCAGAUGAAGAAGAAGAAUCUGAAAAUCAGAAGCAAAAACAUAUUAAAAAGGAAAGAAAAAAAGCAAAUGAAGAAAAAGAUGGACCAACGUCACCAAAGAAAAAAAAGCCCAAAGAAAGAAAACAAAAGAGAUUGGCCGUAGGAGAACUAACCGAAAAUGGUCUUACGUUAGAAGAAUGGUUGCCUUCAGCAUGGAUUACAGAUACACUACCUAGAAGAUGUCCAUUUGUGCCACAGAUGGGUGAUGAGGUUUAUUAUUUCCGGCAAGGACAUGAAGCAUAUGUGGAAAUGGCUCGGAAAAAUAGAAUUUACAGUAUCAACCCUAAGAAGCAGCCCUGGCAUAAGAUGGAACUGAGGGAACAAGAACUAAUGAAGAUCGUUGGUAUAAAGUAUGAAGUGGGAUUGCCUACCCUUUGCUGCCUUAAACUUGCUUUUCUAGAUCCUGAUACUGGUAAACUGACUGGUGGAUCAUUUACCAUGAAAUACCAUGAUAUGCCUGAUGUCAUAGAUUUUCUAGUCUUGAGACAACAAUUUGAUGAUGCAAAAUACAGACGAUGGAAUAUAGGUGACCGCUUCAGAUCUGUCAUAGAUGAUGCCUGGUGGUUUGGAACAAUUGAAAGUCAAGAGCCUCUUCAACCUGAGUACCCUGAUAGUUUGUUUCAGUGUUAUAACGUUUGUUGGGACAAUGGAGAUACAGAAAAGAUGAGUCCUUGGGAUAUGGAAUUAAUACCUAAUAAUGCUGUGUUUCCAGAAGAACUGGGUACCAGUGUUCCUUUAACUGAUGUUGAAUGUAGGUCACUAAUUUAUAAACCUCUUGAUGGAGAAUGGGGAGCCAAUCCCAGGGAUGAAGAAUGUGAAAGAAUUGUUGGAGGAAUAAAUCAGUUGAUGACACUAGAUAUUGCUUCUGCAUUUGUGGCUCCUGUGGAUCUUCAAGCUUAUCCCAUGUAUUGCACUGUGGUGGCAUACCCAACGGACCUAAGUACCAUUAAACAAAGACUGGAAAACAGGUUUUACAGGCGCUUUUCAUCCCUAAUGUGGGAAGUUCGAUAUAUAGAACAUAAUACACGAACAUUUAAUGAGCCAGGAAGUCCAAUUGUGAAGUCUGCUAAAUUUGUGACCGAUCUUCUUCUGCAUUUUAUUAAGGAUCAGACUUGUUAUAACAUAAUUCCACUUUACAACUCCAUGAAGAAGAAAGUUUUGUCUGAUUCUGAGGAAGAAGAGAAAGAUGCUGAUGUUCCAGGAACUUCUACCCGAAAAAGGAAGGAUCAUCAACCUAGAAGGAGGUUACGCAACAGAGCUCAGUCUUACGAUAUUCAAGCAUGGAGGAAGCAAUGUCAAGAGUUAUUAAAUCUCAUAUUUCAAUGUGAAGAUUCAGAACCUUUUCGACAGCCUGUGGAUCUUCUUGAAUAUCCAGACUACAGAGACAUCAUUGAUACGCCAAUGGACUUUGCUACUGUCAGAGAAACUUUAGAGGCUGGGAAUUAUGAGUCACCCAUGGAGUUAUGUAAAGAUGUCAGGCUCAUUUUUAGUAAUUCUAAAGCAUAUACACCAAGCAAAAGAUCAAGGAUUUACAGCAUGAGUUUACGCCUAUCUGCUUUCUUUGAAGAACAUAUUAGUUCUGUUUUGUCAGAUUAUAAAUCUGCUCUUCGUUUUCAUAAGAGAAACACCAUAACCAAAAGGAGGAAGAGACGAAACAGAAGCAGCUCCCUUUCCAGCAGCGCUGCGUCAAGCCCUGAAAGGAAAAAAAGGAUCUUAAAACCCCAGCUAAAGUCAGAAAUAUCUACCUCUCCAUUCUCCAUACCUACAAGAUCAGUACUUCCAAGGCACAGUGCUGCUCAAAUGAAUGGUAAACCAGAGUCCAGUUCUGUCGUUCGAACUAGGAGCAACCGCAUAGCUGUAGAUCCAGUUGUCACGGAGCAGCCCUCUACAUCAGCAGCCACAAAAGCUUUUGUUUCAAAAACUAAUACAUCUGCCAUGCCAGGGAAAACAAUACUAGAGAAUUCUGUGAAACAUUCCAAAGCCUUGAGUACUCUUUCAAGCCCUGAUCAGCUCACCUUCAGCCAUGGUACGAAGAAUAACUCUGCAAAAGAAAACAUGGAAAAGGAAAAGCCUGUCAAACGGAAGAUGAAGUCUUCCGUAUUCACAAAAGCAUCUCCACUUCCGAAGUCUUCAGCAGUUGUGGAUCAAGGAGAUUGUAAGAACAAUGUUCUUAUACCAGGAACAAUUCAAGUAAAUGGCCAUGGAGGACAACCAUCAAAACUUGUCAAGAGAGGACCUGGGAGGAAGCCUAAGGUAGAAGUUAACACCAGUAGUGGUGAAGUUACACACAAGAAAAGAGGUAGAAAGCCCAAGAACCUGCAGUGUACUACAAAGCAAGAAAACUCUGAGCAAAAUAACAUGCAUCCCAUCAGGGGGGAUGUGGUUCCUUCUUCAACAUGCAGCUUUCUUUCUGAAACUAAUGUCGUUAAGGAGGAUUUGUUACAGAAAAAGAGUCGCGGAGGCAGAAAACCCAAAAGGAAGAUGAAAACUCAAAACCUAGAUUCAGAACUCAUAGUUCCUACAAAUGUUAAAAUAUUAAGGAGAAGUAACCGGAAAAAAGCGGAUGAUCCUAUAGAUGAGGAAGAAGAGUUUGAAGAACUCAAGGGCUCUGAACCUCACAUGAGAACUAGAAACCAAGGUCGAAGGACAGCUUUCUACAAUGAGGAUGAUUCAGAGGAAGAACAGAGACAGCUGUUGUUCGAGGACACCUCUUUGACAUUUGGAACUUCUAGUAGAGGACGAGUCCGAAAGUUGACUGAAAAAGCAAAGGCUAAUUUAAUUGGUUGGUAACUUGAAGCAAAAUACUGUAUUUUAAAAAAUCUAUAAAGCAGGUACAGUUAAGGAGUACGUAGAGCUAAGAUUUCUGCUUCCUUGCUGCUAUGAUGGAUUAGGGAAUGUUACAAUUUGACUUGGGAAAAAGGAGAAAAAAAACCAUUUAGAAGAUAAUUUACAUCUUUGAAUGAAAAAGUCUAUAUACAUAUAUAUUUCAAAUGUUUGCUAUUUAUUGCCCUUAGUAGGUUAUUUGUUUCCACAUUCAUUUCAUUCACUGUUUGAAAUUGAGGACCUGUUAUAAAUUCCUGGUUUAUUUAUGGAAGAGACCGCUCUGCUACACUAUUAAGAAACAUACUAUUUCUAGAGGUAAAGAAUGUUUCCUGUUAAAUUGAGUUAUUUUUGACCAAGUGAGGUACAUUUUUACUGAUAACAGAAGUCAUGCCCCUAGGAAAAGAAAUGUUACAAAGAGUAGCAGUACAUUAAGAAUGGCUUCCUCUAAAGAUAACUUUCCAGUUCCCACCAUUUGUUAUCCUGAAAAGUGUUGUGAGUUGUAGGGUGUCAAUACAGAGUAUCUAGAGGAAGCAUUUGUUUUACUCCAUUUCUGCCAAACUUAGGAGAAAAUGUAUUGAUGCAAAAGAAACAUAUCCACAUUGGAAAACAUUUGACUGUCUAAUUUUUCAGACCUUGAUUCUUAUAUCAGUCACUCUAUCUCUGUUUAUUGUGCCAAAGACUGAGAAUCAGUGCAGUGGAAAGCCUGUUUUUGACUGUCAGGACAGCAUACACUUUUCAAUACUGGAAAAGCUAUAUAUUCUAAAGAGCAAGUUAUUACAAAAUUAUGCUGAGUUGUAUCUUUUUUUUGGUACUAAUAGUAGGAAAAUAAUGCACUGGUGGGUCCUUUGACAGAGAUAUCUUAGAGAAAAUGUUUAAGUAGUUAAAGGAUUCAAGGAAAAUACAGGAAAAAUGUAUGGAAUUUGAUGUUUACGUGAUCUGGAUUAAUGUCAUUUUUAAACUUCAGACAUAUCCAAUAGGCUAAAAUGACUUACAAAGAACCAUGUCUGUGUGCGUGUGUAUAUUGAUAAAUGGGUGUGAUUGAAUAUAUAUAUAUAUACAAACGCAUUCUUAAGUACUAUUACCCAGGUAUAAAUUCUUUUUUCAGGAUUUUUUAGAUAGUUAGUAGAAUAAAAAUAAUUUUAAAAUGUCAUACUUUAUAGUUUAAUUUUAAGGAAAAGAUUGGUUAUUUUCAAUUAUUAAAAGUUAAAUAGGCCAAAUCACUUUUUAUGCAAUCAUGUUUUAUACAGUGGUCUCAUUGCACAUUGUGUUUUUCUGCACUUUUUACGGUGUCCUUAUCAAGCUGGUAUCUCAAUAUACACUCUAAAGAGAAACUCAUUUAAUGAUUGUGCCUUGUAUUCUAUUAUUUUUUGCAUCAUUAGUAAAAUUAAGUUGUCUAUUGUAAAUGAUAACUAUAUGACUUAGGAGAAUGUAUUACUAUAUGUACUGCUAUGGAAAAAGGAAAGCAGUUAUUUAUUUGUUUAUGGUACAUUAGUUAUUUUAUAUCUUGAGAACCAACAAAUGCCAUUUCUAUUGUUUAAAUUACUUUUUUUUUUUUAAGUUUUAAGAAUGUAGUAUUUUCUGAGGACUGAUGUGGUUCAAAAAUGUAACCAAAUCUUUCAGAUACUGCAUUUUUAAAAAGGAAGAAUGGGGAAAAUAUAUAUCAGCAUGACCCUGAUAUAGAGAAUAAAGUCUUUAAUUGAACCUUGGCAAAAUAUGUAAUUAGAUUAUAAUUAUUUCCUUGUUUCCAAUAAGGAUUAAUGUUAAACUGUCAUUUAACUGUCUUGAAGAAGAAUGAAAAGUGAUGCAUUUCGGCUUUUUAGAUCAUUUGUAAUGAAAUUUGUACAGAAACCCUCCAGUGAAACUAAGUGAACCAUUUUCCAGACCUUGACUGGAUUGCUGUGAUUUUACAGUUAAAAAAUAAUUUCAAAUUUUUUUAGUUUUUUUUGUACAUUUAUUUUUUUCUAACAAAUAUAUUGAACUAUAUAAUUAAAAUUAAGUAGUUAACUCUUAAUGCAGAAAUGGAUGAUGUGUUAUAUAGAAAAAUGAGUCAAUGUCACCAUUACUGAAAAUGAUAGUGUGUACAUUGGAGAUUUAAGUCAUUAAAGUAAUUAGUUGCUUUUGAAGGGAAUCUAUUUGAGAAAUGUAAUUUCCUGAUGUUAUCUGCAUUGUAUUAGAAGAUUAGACUAAACUCCAUUUUUAUAAAUAAAAGUAGCUAUAAGGUGUGUUCCGUAUAAGGAAGUGUGCACAGUCUUAGUGUGGAGGACCUCUAGAACGGUGCACAGGGAGCUCCAACCUCUGAGCAGGGAAAUAAGUAUUUCCAUCUGUCUUAAAACAAGGAAAUAGAACAUUUCUGUUUUAAAGACACUGCAUACUCAGUGACCGUAUUUGGACAUUUUUAGACACUGGUUUCUUGGUAAGGCAAAAUGACUUGGAUUGUAUUAUUUGUAACUGAAAACUUAAGAUAUAUUAAUACCAGAUACAGAUUUUUUUAUUUUUAUAAUUUAGCUUCUGUACAUUGCAGAAGAUAAAUUAUGAACUUUAAGUCAUCAUGUUUUGGUUUGUUUUUACUGCUUGGAAAAGUCUCCUCUUUGAGGCAGUAACAUCCUAUAUACUGCUUAUAGGCCAGAAGGAAUUGUUAGCGCUUGUCUUAGGUAAGCAAUAAGAAAAAUCUCAAGUUUACUGAAACUUUCAGAAAGGAAAUUUACUAUGUACAUGGAACAUAGAUACCAGUUUUCAGGCUGCGUUCAGUGGUCCAUGGCUGAAAUCCCAGCAUUUGGGAAGUGGAGACAGAAAACAUCAAGAGUUCAAAGUUACCUUUAGCUGCAAACCACGUUCAGGACUAGGGCUACAACAGCAGCAAUACCAAAAAGAAAAACUCAGUUUAUAUAUAUUUCUAAUAUUCAACCAUACUGUUCUCUUAUGCUAUCCUGGCUUCACAAAGCCCAAGUUUAACAGAAGUUUCAGUGUUGUCACAGGAGUAGUUUAAAGACUCAGUCUAAUUGCAGUCUACCAGCCUUUGGAAGUAGAAAUGUAGCAUCUUAAAGUAUUGUCUAGAGCACUCUUUGUCUUCUGCACAUAAGUAUAAACUGAAAAUUAAGGGCCUUAUUUCCAGUGUUGUUUUGCAUUGUCUCACUACAACUGAAGGUUGGUGAGUUACUAACAGUCGUCUUACUCUAAUUAGAUAGCUGUGGACAUUGUCAGGUGCUUAGGACACAUCGGACACACAGGUUGACUGGAUACAGUUUCACUUGGAGAUUAAGUAUGUAAGACAGUGAACAGCGAGCAUUCUCACACCACAUAAUGAUUAACAACAGAACUGUCUCUUAGCUGCAGCAUAGACUAACAGAACCUUCACAGGUUUAUUGGAAUAAAGUUAAACCCUGCAUGAUAUUUUAGCAGCAUUUACACAAUUAGUUUCAGUUGACAGUGUUUUAUUUUGACAUUCCAUUUUGUAUAAUCAUAGCUAUCCAUAAGUUUCUCUCUAAUGUAAUUUGAGCUUUCUAUCUGUCUAAAGAAAACAAACUGAUCUUUAAUAUUUUGUUCACCUGAAGUUUAAUUUUGAGUAGAUUAAAUGGACCAAGAUACUUGAGUUACCAAAGGGCUAUUAUCAAUGUUUAUCCUAGAAUUUUAAAGGUGAAUAGGGGGAAGAUUACUUUUGUUUGGAAUGCAUUUCUCCCAUAUUAUCCAGAAGAUAUUGCUAACAGUAGUAACUUGAUUAGGCAGUAAGUAGUCUUAUGUUAAAGUACAUCUUUUGUUUCCAUAAAAAAAAAAUGAUUUCUAGGUGACUUUAAAAUUAAUGCAUUUACUAAGAAACUAUUUUGUUUUUAAUUAUACUUAUCAAAGUGAUCCAAAUGAAAAGACAUUUUUGAACUAUGUACAGUACUCCAGGAAGAGGUCAAAUUGAGUCAGAAGACCAUAAGUACCACUUUGAGCGCUCUGGAGAUGAACCCACACACAGUACACUGAGUAGAUUAUCUGAGCUAUAAAUAUAUUUUUUAGUUUCAAUAGCUCUGUUUUGAAAUACUUUUUUAAUGCAGAUAAAAAUAUCAGGAAAUUAACCUUAUAUGGCACAAACCAAAUACAAAGUAGUAUAUGGAUGAGUUUCUACAUUUAAAGAACUAAGAAGAUAGGUUCAGGAUUGUAUUAUAGUACAUGCACUUACAAGACAGAUGCACACGCAUGCUGACUACUUUCAAGGAUGUGUGUGUUGAUUUAUCACAACAAUAAAUUAAAAAGUAAGAUACAAUGUUACAUUUUUAGACCAUAUUGAAACAGCAAGAAGAAACAGGUCUUAAAAAGUUAUUAAGAAAACUACUAAAUCCCACCAUGGGAUAUUUAGAUGUCUAAACAUAGCUCAAUUUUUAAAAAAGCAACAGACCUAAAGGGUUAAUAUUGUAACUGACACAUUUCAAAUUAAAAUUAUGUUUAUUUUGUACAGAAAGCAAUGUUAAACACAAGCAGAUCUGUUGUAUGUAAUAAGUGACAGAGUUUUUAAAAUUAUUUAGCUUUAUUGAUGUUCUUGUUUUAUUUCUCUAAACCUGGAGUAUCAUGUCAUAAACGGCAGUCUUGCACCACAGUAGCAGGCCCUUUCUUUUUGUACAUAUUGAUUGGACCUUUCUUUACUGUUACGUGGACACUUUCUAUGUUAGUUUUGAUGCAUAAUUCUUGGAAUCCUUUUAUACAGACUAGAAUGUAUGUGUAAGAAUUCCUGUCCCUGCAAUGUAGUACCUAUAAACUUAUUUUUAAAUAAAUAGAAAACUUGUUUUUCUAA